CUUGUUGUAUUCGAAGCGAGAUACACAUCGCCCGACGAUGCUGCUGGCAAUUUUGAGCCGACCAAUCUGGUGCGACCCAUACAGGAGCAGCACAAUAUUAGCUGCAGCAGCCAAAGUUUGGACGAUGAUCAACAGAUGCUUCUCGACAUCGAACAGAACAUAGCGAAUCUGGAGCGUAGUCUGAAUCGAGAAUCGGGUGGUGGCGCCGCAUCCAGUGGCAGUGAAUCGCAUGGCACGCAAAAGAAACGCCAUUUGCUGCGGCGCGUUAUGACCGCCGCGCAACACAGUACAACCAGCGUAUCGUCAAGCCGCCAAAGAAUCGAAUUAAAAUUUGACAAAUUUGGCAAAUCACCUACAACUGGUCGCAGCGGCAGUGUCACCACUCUACUCAGCACCACACCCAAUGCAAAUGCCACCACCACCAUCACAUCAACAACAGCGGGUGGCAGUAGUAGCGCCAGCGCACUUGCCGCUGCCAUGCGCCGCAGUGAAAGUCCACAGCCCAAGGAGAAGAAGCUUACCAUGCGUACGGUGCGCAACAUAAUGCGUCUAGGGCGCGGCAGGCAGACGUCACAGUCACGCGACAGCAGCACCGAGGAUGAAGGCAGAUCACCACUGAUUUUCGAGCCCGAUGCCGCGCACACUACAGCCACCUCAGCCACUGAGGCCGACACAGAUGAUGCUUUGCAUACACGCCGGCUAGCAGUGGAGCGUGGAGGUGCUGGGGGCAUGCCGCCAAGCACAGCAGGUGCUGACAGUGGGCAAUCGAAUCAAUCAAGCGAUGUUGACGAGCUACAACACUAUGAUAAAGGCAAAAUGAUCAAAUCAAUGACACGCGCUACCGACCAUCUCAAGUCACAGGAUUUUCAAGUUUGCAUUACCAUAAUUGAAGCUAGACAGCUGCCUGGCCUUAAUAUGGAUCCAGUUGUUUGUAUUCAAGUGGGCGAUCAAAAGAAAUAUACCAGCGUCAAGGAGAGCACCAAUUGUCCGUACUACAAUGAGUAUUUUGUGUUUGACUUUCACAUGCCGCCAGUGAUGCUAUUUGAUAAAAUUAUAACGUUAUCGGUUAUACAAUCCAGAAAAUUUUUAAGAUCUGGCACACUUGUGGGCUCAUUUAAGAUUGACUUGUCAACCGUUUAUGAUGCGCCGGAUCACCAAUUCUACCAUAAAUGGGCGUUACUCUCCGAUCCAGAUGAUUUCUAUAGUGGUCCAAAAGGUUAUCUAAAAUGUGAUAUUGGAAUAAUUGGCAAAGGUGAUACCGUGAAGGUGCCUCAAAAAUCUGAAAAAGAUCCUGACGACAUCGAAGCAAAUCUACUGCUACCAGUGGGCGUACCCAUCGAACGCCAACGUGCCAAAUUCAUUGUGAAAAUCUACCGUGCCGAUGGCUUGCCGCGCAUGAAUUCCUCGCUUAUGGCUAAUGUGAAGAAGGCCUUCACUGGCGAGUCCAAAGAUUUGGUCAGCCCUUAUGUGCAGGUUUCAUUCGCAGGAUUAAUGGGCAAGACCACAGUCAAGAAGAAUGCUUACGCACCAGUUUGGAAUGAACAGCUGGUGUUUACUGAAAUGUUUCCGCCGCUAUGUCAGCGCAUAAAGAUUCAACUACGCGACGCUGAUCCCAUGAAACCGGCCAUUAUUGGCACACAUUACAUUGAUCUCAAGCAAGUAUCCAAUGAUGGUGAUAGAGGAUUCCUUCCCACUUUCGGCCCCUCCUUCAUACAUCUUUAUGGUUCUACACGCGAUUAUACGUUACUCGAUCAACACUCCAACCUAAAUACCGGCUUAGGCGAAGGAGUCAGCUAUCGCGCACGUCUACUACUCGCCAUACGCACUGAAAUUACCGACAACAUCGAAAUCACCACCGAGAAGAAUGUCGAACUCGAGCCGGCAUAUCCGAUUACAGAAUCCUCGUACUCACGCAAUGAGGAAUUCUUUCUUUUUGGUUCUAUCAUUGAGGCCUCCAUGUUGGAUAAGAAAGUAAGCGAUAAAACGGUGUUCUUUGAGCUCAGCAUGGGUAAUGCGGGCAACUCGCUGGACGGUCAUAAUGAAAGCUUCUCUACAGCCACCGAUGAUGGUGAAGACGUCUGUGUGCUGGAGACAGUCGAUACCACCUCUUUUAGCAGCGUCACGAAUGCUUGUAAGCCCAUCAGUCACGAUAAGUCACACUAUUACCUGCCCUACUGGGACUAUAAGCCAUGCAUGGAUGUGAGAUGCACACUGCCCGAUCUGCGGCGACGUAUGUACAAUAGCAAUAUGCUGUCGAAAAUGUCGGAAAAUUUGGAAGAGGGCUUGACCAAAACGCAUAAGCUCAUUGAGGAGGAAGAUGUUAAGGCAGAAGUGCGUCUGCGCACCACACUUGAAGACUUGGCGUCAGCUUGCACGCGCUAUAUAAGUAUAACCAAAGCGAAUAUAACUGGACCGGGCAGCGGCAAGACUAAGUUGGACAAGGAACGCAUAAAGCUAUGUCAAAGUGAAAUCGAAACCCUUGGCAACUUGGCGCGCAAUCUACGCGCAUUGGUAACGCGUAGUUCACUUAAAGAGCGCUUCAAAACCGCACAGACGUUCCAGCAAAAACUGAAAUUCCUCAUCGACGAUCCUCAGCACUCAUUGCCGGAUAUAUUUUUAUGGCUAAUCGCUAAUGGCAAACGUUAUGCGUAUCAUCGCAUGUCCGCACGCGAUUUGAUUUACUCUAAUAUCGAGGAGGAAAGUGGUGUACAUUGUGCAAAAAUACAAACCAUAUUCUUGAGAUUGCCUGGCAAACAGUCAAUUGGUCCAGCCAGCUGGUUUAUACAAGCCAAGCUAUCUAUUUACCUAUGGUUGGGCGUUGUAGGUCAUAAGGGACACUUCUUCGAGGGUCUGCCUAUCGGUUAUGAUCUAUCACACGAGCUGCGUAAUGCGGAAAGGCCUGGCGCUAUGGCGCCAAAUAACAUCCAUUAUCUCGAGAAAUCUACCUUUCAGUUGCGCGCACACAUCUAUCAAGCGCGCUCUCUAAUUGGCUCCGACGCGUCCGGUCUCAGUGACCCCUACGCCACUGUCUACAUAACCGAAUUCGCUAAGACCACACAAGUAAUCGAAGAAACAUUGAGUCCCACCUGGGAUGAGUUGUUGGUUUUUGAUGAAAUUUUAGUAUUUGGCACCAAAGACGAGAUCAAGAAAGACCCACCUACCAUAAUCAUUGAGAUUUAUGAUCAAGACAAAGUUGGUAAGUCGGAGUUUAUUGGCCGCGCUAUUGCAAAGCCGCGCGUAAAGCUACGUGAGAAUGUGUAUACAACACCCACACUGGAAUGGUUUGAUAUUGUACGUGGGCACGAAAACGCUGGCGAAUUGUUGGCCGCUUUUGAAAUGCUCGAAAUCGGUUCCACCGAUAUGCCACGCCUCACCGAACCCAAACCACUUUCCGCCAGCCAACAAGAGAAGAUCAAAGACAAAAAUGCGUCUCCACCACCGGGCACCAUCUUUCCGGUGCCGAAAGAAGUACGUCCACACUUAGCGAAAUUCAAAUUAGAAGUACUCUUUUGGGGCCUGCGCGAUCUAAAGCGUGUUCAUCUAAUGUCAGUCGACAAGCCACGCAUCGAUGUUGAAUGUUCGGGCAAAAUACUCAGCUCGAAUAUUAUACAGAACGCAAAAAAGAAUCCGAAUUUCCCCAGCAUGUUAAAAUCCAUAGAAUUGGAGUUGCCGCUUGAGGAAACCUAUGCGCCACCAAUUACCAUACGUUGCGUAGAUUGUCGCUCGUUCGGCCGAUAUACUCUGGUGGGUACACAUCAAAUCACUUCUAUACACCGGUACAUAUACAAAGCCCCACCGAAAGAAGACAUCACCAAAUACAAAACCAUGGGUGGUCAGAUUAUUUUGUCGGCGCCCUUGAACGAGGAGGGAUUGAACAAUCUGGUCGAUGGCUUCAAUAUGCAAGCAAUGAUUGCCGCUAAUGCACAGCAAGCGAAUAUGAAGGACUUCUACGGCAAUCGACGUUCAUCCUGUGAUCAGUUUACGCUCUAUGGCGCGGCCUGCGUUACGAAGCUGGCCAAGAAGCAAGCAUCGAAAAAGAAAUCUUCGCAGGUGAGCAACGCGAAUGAAAUUAUUCAGGAACAGGACCAGGACGAUGAGCUUAGUCGCGAUUGGUGGACAAAAUAUUUUUGGUCUUAUGAAAGACUCAUCGAUCUAACUAAAACGGAGAAAACACACAUCUCUGAUAAAUUUCUAACUCCGCCGGUUAAUGCCACACCCAACAAUGUACAUAAAUUUGGUAUGAAAAGUUCAAAGUUGGUGCAAAAGUUGAGUCCAAAAAGUAUGACUGGCAUAGCGCGCGGCAAGCACGAACCGGGCAGCGAAAAAGUAUCACCCAAUCAGCAAACUAAUAGGACAAAUAUGAACUCAACAGCUGUGUGCCAGAUCUACCCCAACGAACUGGAGGCGAAAACAGAAUAUAACUAUUUCCGUGAGUGGCUACACUCAUUUGCGCUCUAUCGCGGCAAGAAGACCGGCGACUCCGCCGAGGAUGAUAAUCGCACCGUUGGCUUCUUUAAAGGCGCCAUCAAAGUCUACAAACUACCACCGCCAAAGGGCACCGAGCUGCCUAUACCCAACUUACCCGCCAAUGAUCCACUUCACGUGCUUGUGCGUAUCUAUAUAAUCAAGGGCACAGAUCUGCAUCCCAUGGAUCUGAAUGGCAAAGCGGAUCCAUAUGUUGUGCUGCAGUUAGGCAAUAAGCGAUUAUCUGAUAAGGAGAACUACGUCAGCAAGCAACUGAAUCCGAUAUUUGGUAAGUGCUUCGAAGUGGAAGCAACAUUUCCACAGGAUUCAAUGCUGACCGUGCAAAUAUUUGAUUGGGAUUUGGUGGGCUCGGACGAUCUGAUAGGCGAGACAAGAAUCGAUUUGGAAAAUCGCUACUAUAGCAAACAUCGUGCAACCUGCGGGCUAGCGCUGAGAUAUGAAGUCUGCGGCUAUAAUCAGUGGCGCGACCCUAUGAAACCCACACAGAUUCUCUCGAAGCUGUGCAAAGAAAACAAACUGGAUACGCCGCAUUAUUUUCAAGAUCGUGUGGCGAUCGGCAAGUAUUGUAUGACCUUCUCCGACGAAGAGGUAAUAGCAUGGAAUGGACCAACUACUUGUAGAAAUCGUGACGAGCAUCUGGCGCUGGCUGUGCUGCAUAGAUGGAGUGAGAUACCCAGAGUGGGGUGCAAGAUUGUUCCUGAACAUAUCGAAUCACGUCCUUUAUACAAUCCCGAAAAGCCCGGCAUUGAACAGGGAAAAAUCGAAAUGUGGGUGGAUAUGUUUCCCAUGGAUAUGCCGCUGCCAGGUCCACCAGUAGAUAUAUCGCCGCGAAAACCCAAAGAAUAUGAGUUGCGCGUGGUUAUAUGGAAUACGGACGAUGUGGUGCUGGAAGAUGACGCAUUCUUUACGGGCGAAAAGAUGUCCGACAUUUAUGUAAAAGGUUGGCUGACGGGUCCGCAAGAUAUGCAAUCUACGGAUAUACAUUAUCGUUCACUCACCGGCGAAGGCAACUUCAACUGGCGUUUUAUCUUUCCCUUCGAAUAUCUGGCGGCCGAGGAACGCAUUGUGCUUUCGCGUCGCGAAUCGCUAUUCAGUUGGGACGAGACAGAGGUGAAAAUACCAGCACGCUUGGAACUGCAAGUAUGGGAUGCGGAUCACUUCUCAGCAGAUGAUUUUCUUGGUGCCAUAUCCUUCAACUUGAAUCGUUUUCCACGUGGCGCCAAAAGCUCUAAGCUUUGCACUCUAGAUAUGCUCAAGUCAGACACCAAUGCGCCCACUGUGAAUAUAUUCAAGCAGAAGCGCGUGCGUGGUUGGUGGCCAUUUUAUGUGAAGAAGCAGAAUGAGGAGAUGGAGUUAACCGGCAAGGUGGAAGCCGAGUUCCAUUUGCUGACAAAGGAAGAAGCCGAACAGAACCCUGCAGGAUAUGGACGCAGUGAACCGGAUCCGUUGGAGAAACCAAACCGCCCAGAUGCCUCAUUCAUGUGGUUCCUAAAUCCGCUCAAGUCGAUACGCUACAUCGUGUGGCACAAUUACAAAUGGGCUAUUCUCAAGGCUUUACUGAUUUGCGGCAUAUGCUUGUUCUUCAUACUAUUCGUCUAUUCGGUGCCUGGAUACUCGGUCAAGCGUUUGUUGGGUGCCUAAGCUGGAAAAGACGGUGUGCAACGCACGAACGAUAGAGUUAAACAUUUUUGGAGGUAGAAAUUUAGGCGUAUAUUUUUCAAAAAGUUACAAAUAUUGGCAAUCAAAUUUUCACUUAACAUCAAAUUAAUAUGCAGGGCUUGUUGGUUAUUUAUACCGCUUUCUUUUCUACAAAAAAUGCUUCACUUCUAUUGUCCACCGGUAAUAUCCCCGAAUGCUCAAGUU